UCCGCUUUCCCUGGAAGGUGAAAAAAAGAGGAUCCCGCUCGCCCAACUGCGAGACUACGACCCCCAGCAUGCAUUGCUGCUAACCCGCCCUGUGGUUUUCUGUUGCAACAGUAAUGGAGAACCCAAUGACCACUUCAUCUCCCUCGUCAAAUUUUCCAGAAGAUGAUGGCUCAAAGGAGAGUAAUGAUGUUGUUCCAUCAGGGCUAAAUCAUUCAGAAGGAUCGUGUACUGGAAGUGCCUCCCAGUCCGCCAACAAUCCAGAUUUUGCAGAGGAUUUGCUGCACAGUCAACUGUUGCGAAAUGAGUCAUCUAAUAAAGCUGAAAAUAGCGAGCCAAGGCCUGAGGAGGAGCAAAGAACUAAGAGAGGAGGCUGGUCCAAAGGGCGAAAGAGGAAGAAACCCUUAAGGGAUAGCAAUGCUCCUAAAUCUCCCCUAACAGGUUACGUGCGGUUCAUGAAUGAGCGGAGGGAGCAACUUCGAGCAAAGAGGCCAGAAGUUCCAUUCCCAGAAAUCACCAGGAUGCUGGGCAAUGAGUGGAGUAAACUCCCUCCUGAAGAGAAACGGCGCUACCUUGAUGAAGCAGAUAGGGAUAAGGAACGUUACAUGAGGGAGCUGGAGCAGUACCAGAAGACUGAGGCGUACAAAGUUUUCAGCAGGAAAGCACAGGACAGGCAGAAAGGCAAAUCGCAUCGACAAGAAGGAGUACGACAGGCUGCCCAUGACCAUGAGAAGGAAGCUGAUGCAAAGGAGAGGUCCGUUUUUGAUAUUCCAAUCUUCACGGAGGAGUUCCUGAACCACAGUAAAGCACGGGAAGCCGAGCUGCGCCAGCUGCGCAAGUCCAACAUGGAGUUUGAGGAGAGGAAUGCUGCCCUGCAGAAGCACGUGGAGAGCAUGCGCACAGCGGUGGAGAAGCUGGAGGUGGACGUGGUGCAGGAGCGCAGCCGCAACACAGUCCUGCAGCAGCACCUGGAGACCUUGCGGCAGGCCCUCAGCAGCAGCUUUGCUGGAGUCCCACUGCCAGGAAGUGGAGAGAUCCCCACAAUGGACACCAUUGAUUCAUACAUGAAUCGGCUGCACAACAUCAUCCUGGCAAACCCACAGGAUAAUGAGAGUCUUAUAGCCACUGUCCGAGAAGUUGUAAACCGCCUUGAACGCUAGUGCCUGGUUUCUUAGGCCCUGGGUGUUUUUCUUAAAGGGAUGAAACAAAUGUGAGGAAUGAGGGACAUGCUGGGAAUAAGCCGAAGACACUCUGUUUCUUGCUUACUGGAUAAGCAUCUUCUGUGAGGACCCAGGAGCAGCCCAAAAUAAGAUGACAACUUCCGGAGCAAGCUUGCACUGCUGUGUGCCAUUUCCUGUUAUUUAUCACCUGGCUGUGGGCACACUCUGGACUAGAAGAUGCCAUGAUGAUGCUUCCUUCUCUGUCAGGUCAAAGUUGUCUGUCUUUGGUAAUACAAACUCUGGGAUUUCUGUU